AUGAACCUCUCGGCGGGGCGCCCCGGCGAGUGCGUGCCCAGCGACCCGCUGCAGUUCGUGCUGGUGCCCGCCGUCUACUGCCUGGUGCUGUGCGUGGGGCUGCCGGGCAACCUGGCCGCGCUGCUGGUGUUCCUGCAGAGCGGCGGGGUGAGGAAGGCCAUCCGCAUCUACCUCAUCAACCUCACGCUGGCCGACAUCCUCUUCAACCUCACCCUGCCCCUCUGGAUCCCCUACUACCUGGCCGGCGGCGACUGGCGGCUCUCGGAGGCGGCGUGCCGCCUGGCCGGCGCCGCCUACUACCUGGCCACCUACAGCGCCGUCGCCUUCAUGGCGCUCAUCAGCGUCAACCGCUACUGCACCACCUUCCCGGCGGGCGCUGGCGGCACCAAGUGCUUCGAGCACGACGGCCGGCAGCGCGCCUACGCCUACGCCAUGGUGGGCUUCUUCGCUGGCGCUUUCCUGGUGGUGCUGGGCGCCUACGCCUCCAUGGCGCGCUCGCUGUCGGCGCCCGCCGCCGCCUCGCCGGGCUCGCACCGGCGGCAGGCGCGCGCCAUGGUGCUGGGCAUGCUGCUGGUGUUCGCCGUCUGCGUGGCCCCCUACCACCUCACGCUGGCCCCCUGGGUGGGCGGCCGGGCGGCGGGGGGCUGCGGGCCGCCCGCCGCCCUGGACGUGCUGCACACGCUGAGCGUGGCCCUGCUCAGCCUCAACAGCUGCAUCGACCCCCUCGUCUACUGCUUCGCCAUCAAGCGCUUCCGCGCCGAGCUCUGCAGCGCCCUGCGCCCGAGGUGGCUCGGGCCCUGCUCCCCGCUGCAGAAAGCAGGGCUCCUGCUCCGAGACGGCGGCCUGGGCGGCACCCCCCAGGCCGCGAGGCGGCGCUCGCCGCCCCCGCCCGCCGUGCGGGCAGGGGGUCCCGGUGCGGCGGGGCCGGGCCGGGAGGAGGCGGCAGAGCCGCACCGGAGCCAUUUUGCGUCCUCGCCGCCGCCACCCGCGCUCCGCGCUGGCUCCGGGGAGGAUCCACCGCCGCCGCCGCCUCUCGGCUGCGCCGCGGCCCGCCCGAACGCACCCGAGCCGAGCCGAGCCGAGCCGAGCCGAGCCGCGCGCCGAGCCCACCCGAACCGGGCCGAGCCGUCGGGGAGCCGCCCGGAGCGGGGUGAGCGCGACCGGCAGGAGGAUGUAGGCGGGCAGGAGCGCGGCAAGACAAAAAUCCAGAUCUGA